AUAAAUUAAACCUUAACUUGAUUGAACUCAAAAUAAGCCCACAAGCACAACUACAAUAACAUAGACUUUGUUGCAUCUAACUCCCAAAAAACUCUCAACCAUCAUCAAUCAUCAAUAAUCAAUUCAUCAAUCAUCAUUCGUUAAUCAUCAAUCAUCAUAUUUGAAGAUUGAAUUGGGAAAUAUACAAAUUUAGGGAUAAAUGGGUAGCAGAGAAACAGAUGCUUUGAAUUAUGUAUGGAAAGGAGCAAUACCCCUUCAGAUUCAUCUACAUGAUGCUGAAGUUACCACUCUUCCUCCUCCUCCUCCUGUUUUUAUAUUAGCUCCGCGGAUUGGUUAUCUUCCAUUGCUAGUAACUCAAAUAAAACCUCUUUUUAGCGCCGCACUUCCUCCAGGGGAAGAUACUGUUUGGUUUGAGUACAAGGGGCUACCCCUAAAAUGGUAUAUACCAACAGGUGUUCUUUUUGAUCUUCUGUGUGCAGAGCCUGAGAGACCUUGGAAUCUUACGAUUCAUUUUAGGAAUUAUCCGAGUAACACACUCACUCCAUGUAAAGAUGAAGAGGCUGUUAAGUGGAGCUUUAUUAAUUCGCUGAAAGAGGCUGCUUACAUAAUUAAUGGGAGCUGCAAAAAUAUUAUGAACAUGUCCCAGUCAGAUCAGUUAGAAUUGUGGCGUUCUGUUCUAAAUGGCAAUUUGGAAUCCUUCCUCAAGGUGACAUCAAAAUUGAAGCUUGUGACCAUUGAAGAUGACUACACAGAAAAACUAUAUCCAUCAUCGAACCUUUCAUCUGAUGCUGGUAAUGCAGAUAAUCCCGGACUUGCCAAAACAGGUAGGAUUCCAGUACGGUUAUACGUUCGAAUUUUUACCGAGGUCUAUGAUGACUUAGAAGAUGCUCCUGAGUUUGAUAGCUGGGAAAAAAUCUCCUACAUAAACAGACCUGUUGGAUUCGACAAGGAUGACGGGAAAUGCUUCACUUUAGGUCAUGCUAUGAAAACUCUUUUGCCGGAGUACUUUGGAUACGGAACGCCCAACACCGAGAAACUAACUGAUGAUGAGGUUAAAGAAGUGAAUCCCGAAGGUGGUGAUCGAAAAGUUAUCGAAGAGGUGAGUACAUCAGCUAUCGAAAAUCCCGAGUCUAAACAAUUAACUGAAAGAGCAGAAAUCAAGCUCAUUCGAAUUCAAGGAAUUGAGCCAAAAGCCGAGAUUCCUUUCUCUUGGGUAGCCAACAACCUAGUGAACCCCGAUCAUUACGUGCACGUAUGUGUAUAUUUGCUGCAUCUCAAACCCGACUCUUGACUCAUUAUUGCUUUGCACAGACGAGGUAAACGCUAUACACGUCACUUAUUCAUUAUAUUUAGCUAAUUGCCUUGUACGGUGGUCGUUUGGAUGUCGAGUUCUUCGUUUAGGCCAUUGCAAUGUGUAUAUAUAACAAAUUAAUUAUUUUCCUCUUGAAAGUUAGCAGCGUUUUCUUA